CCGAUCAGCAAGCCAGUUUGACCAUCUCUAGCCUUCCAUAGGCCAGUUUGAUCUAGCUCUCCGGUCGGCGUUUCCGGUGAUGAUGCUGUACACCGUCCGGUUCCUCUGCUCCGUCGUCGCUGCCUUCGCUCGUCUCGUGCGCGAGCUCCGCAAGGCCAUCGCCGCCAUGGCUGCGUCGUCAGCGAUGAUGUCUCCGAUUCCCUCUGCACCAAAGACUGCGGCGGUGUCUCCCGUCGGCCUUAUAGCCACCACGCCGCUCCCGCUGCGCAAGAAGGCGCUUGCCACGGUCACCAUCCCGGAGAUGAAACUCCUGACCGCGCUCGCGCCGCCGCCACAGGUGGUUGCUCCUGAUGUGGAGGUAGAGCAGCAAAUGGAUAGCAAGAGGAGGAGGAAGGCCGAUUGGUUAGCGGGGAGGAGGCCGUCAAGGCUCGUUCUACCUGUGGCGGACGACGCCGGCGAGGUGGCCGCCGGCUGGGGCGCAGCGGCGGCGGCGGUGAAGGAGGCCGACGUGGAGGUUGAGGGGGAGGGUUUUUGGGUGGCGAGUAGGGCGGGACCGAGGCAUGCAAUGGAGGAUGCGUAUUCGGUGAUCACUGGCAAAAAUGGUGGAGAUUCCCAGCUGGCAUUCUACGGUGUGUUCGACGGCCACGGCGGCCGCGCGGCCGUGGACUUCGUCUCCCAGUGGCUCGGCAACAACGUCGUCUCUGCGGUGCUCGCCGCGGAAGGAGCGGCGACUACGCGCGACGACGGAGCAUCGUCGGCGGAGGCGGAGCACGACGCCGUCUCGGCGGCGAUCAGAGCCGCCUACCUGGCCACCGACAGCGAGCUCCUCGCGAAACAUCAGGUGCAAAAAAAGAUAGAAAGAAUGCUCGAAAUUGAAUUUCAAAUCUUCAAUAUAAUGUGAAUGAAAUAAUAACGUCGACGGUUUUGAUCUUUUGGACACAUUCAGGGUGCGAGCGGCGGCGUGUGCGCGGCGACGGCGCUGGUGAAGAACGGCGACCUCUACGUGGCGCACCUGGGCGACUGCCGCGCCGUGCUGAGCCACGACGGCGGCGCGGCGGCGGCGCUGACGGCCGACCACACCUGCGCGGCGGAGGGCGAGCGCGAGCGCAUCGAGCGGGGCGGCGGAUACGUGAGCCGCAGCGGCAGUGGUGUGUGGCGGGUGCAGGGCAGCCUGGCCGUGUCGCGGUCGUUCGGCGACUGUGGCCUAAAGCAGUGGGUCGUCGCCGAGCCGGCGGUGACACGGGUUCCCCUCGUCGCCGGCUGUGAGUUCCUCGUCAUCGCCUCCGACGGGCUCUGGGACAAGGUGAGCAACCAGGAGGCCGUCGACGUCGUGUCGAGGAGCGGGAACGCGGCGGCGGCGGCGGCGUCCGCGGGACGUUCUUGCGCGGAGCUGGUGGAGUUGGCGCGGCGCAGGGGGAGCAGGGACGAUGUUACUGUCAUGGUCAUUGACCUCGAGAGGUUUGUAAGAUAGAAGUGGAGGAGCUGAUGGUGACACUAACUGAGGACUAACAGGUGGAGAUUAACAAAUUUUAGCUUCUGAUGGAGGUGAAACAAUUUUUUUUUCUCUCUGCCCCUCUGAUAUGUAACUAAGUACAUGUUGGAGCUAGGAAAUGCAGUGUUUGGAGGGUGCAGAAGGAAAUUACUUUUUGGCAGGCAAAAUUGUAACUUUUUGGAGGGUGCUAAUUCGAAUGCUUGUUGAUGAGCAUAG